AGAAAAGUGCUUGGUAUAAGCAGAUUCUACAACACAUCUAAAAUGCUCACAGAAGGACACAAAGACAACUCUGGGGACGAACCCUCUGGAAGUGAUAUUCAAGUUGAACAAACACCAACGAGAGAAGUAGGAAGAUUGCUUGCUAACAUUGGAGACAAUUUGAAUCAAGAAGUACGAGCUCGAAGGAGUGAGGAAACGGAGACAGUUAUUCACGUUUUUCAGCUGGCAAAUUUAGGAGGUGUCAACAUGUCCUUUCUCAUACCAAUACACGAUUCAUUUCAAUACGAGACAGAUGUUUCACUGCUUGUGUUUAUAAUUAGUUUCUACACCAGUAGGAGGUUCUUCCGGGUACGAGAUUCUUAG